AUGAGUCGGACACCCUGGACAAAGCAAACCUCAUCUUUCCCUUCGGAUAAAAUCAAACCCAAACAGUCUCCGAGCGCAACCCAGUCCAAAAAUAAAGGAAAAGGAAAACAGCAGCGCGAUGACGAGCCGCCUAAAAGCAAGCCCGUGCGUAAGCUCGAGAAGCUACUCUCAGGGUUAAGAAAGAGCAAGCUUGAUGAAAGGGACCUGAAAGGAGGGUGUUUCUGUCUUGCUCGUACGCAUGAGCUGUCUCCGUACACGCCGUUGUGUCAUUCGUGCGGGCUCAUUUUAUGUUCCAUGAACGCGCCGUACUAUGCAUGUCCACACUGUACUCAACCUCUUAUCACCGCUUCCUCUUCACCAUCCUCAUCACGAUCAAUAUCGCGGGACGUUCUCGUUGCACAAAUCGAGGCCGACUUGGAGUCCACUCUUGCGGCAGAACAGGCAGCGCGAGAACGGGAGAUAGAACAGGCCAGGAUAGAGGCUGGCGCAUUCCCGAUGCUUCGCGGCGGAAAUGGAUCCGGGUCUUCGUCACCCUCACCUGCAGCGAACAGGAUGUCGUCUGCAUCGGCCCCACCCUCACGCCAGUCUCAACCUCAAUCCCAGACGCACAAAGUCAUGUCCCUCACAUCUAAACCGGGAAACUCGCGUGGUCGCGUGGUAGUUUCCUCAUAUACCACUGUUAACACGUCUGUGCCUUCUCGGCCCAGUUCGCGCAAUGCCAACGCAGACGAUUUGGAAGAGGGUAUGCCACUACGAGUACCAGCACCUGUUCCAUUACCAGCGGAAGCGGCGCCUCCGCCAACUAAAGAACGACCCUGGAUGAAUUAUGUUCAUGGACCGGUGAAGUACAAGCCACCGUUGCGAGUUGAUGAUGAUAACGGUACUGUCGCUGGAGCGUCAUCGUCCAAGAGUAGGAGGGGUAAGGGGAAGGGGAAAUCUGACCAUGCUGGGACGAUAGGAAAGGGAUUGUGA